AUGAUUCCUAUACCUCAGAUACUCCAGAAGCUAACAUUAAGAAAGUCGAGGGGGAUUUUGCUCAUCUUUGGCUUAAUACUUAUACAUGUUCUCGUUGUGUCAUACAUACAGAUAGCACCCAUAAAACAGUAUAUAUCAAGCACUGUCAGCGUAUCCAAGCUUCGGAAACUACUAGUGGGGCAAGAUAGUUAUAAAGACCUUGCCAAAUUCGAUGUCGAAGUGGUGGAGCUAAUACAGAAUCAAGAAAAACUACUCAAACAACAAACUAGUGAUGGAACCUUUGAUGAUAAAACUCAGCUGCAACUUGAUGUUGCCGAACAAGUCUUAAAGGAAACAACAUUUACUAGUGAUAAAUCAUUUGAAGUUAUAAAUAUCCCAUCAAAAGAUCAGAUGCCCAAGUUUCAAAAAUAUGAUCCUCGUUACACAUUUGGAUUGUUAUUGAAGUACAUCAAUGGUAAAGUCAGUGACCAAGACCAACAAGGCUUCACAAUACCUUUCUUUCAUUGGGCAGAUUACACCGAUAUGUCAGUAAUGGAGGAGUAUAUAUUCAACCCAGAAAAGCAAACUUGCAAAUAUUUUGAUGCCACAAUAGAUACAGCAACAAAUGAACAACAAAAGAUCUAUGAAACCAAGGACUACUGUGUUGAAGAUGAUGAAAUUGAUAGGAUCUUAUUAGAUGAAGAAGCUAAGAAAAAUUAUGGCCCCGAAGUUAUUGCUUCUUUCCAAAGGAUAAAACAAGAACGAGAAUCAUCACCUGCAUUAACUACCGGGUUUCACAUUUAUAAUAUUGCAGGAAGGAACAAGCGUGCAUUACGUCCAAUUAUUGCUCGUUCAUAUCUUAAUGAUUUUAUGCCAUUACCAUUAUCAUUAACUUUCUUGUUGCCAGGGGAUAAAUCGGUUCAAUACAAUGUUAAUCAAAAUGAUCGUAGAAAAUUAAGAGAUUCAGAGUUGUUGCAAGAGGGAGAAGUCAACAUAAAGAAUGAAAUUACAUCACUUGCUAACAAAUUACCCAAGAAUAGUGACGGCAUGCCGUAUGAGAAACAUCUCACACAAGACCACUUUGUUGACAAGACAGCACGUAAUGUAUUGGCUUUGGAAUCGCAAACAACACCACUCAAUCAAACUGAUCAACAGUAUCUUAAUUCACUUCGAACAUCAUUAAACACCAAAGAUGCUCCAAAGUACUUCUAUGAAGCAAACAUCUUAAAAAGUGAACCCAAAUUUUCACUCGGUGGUCAUUACGAUUGGAGAUUCGUCAAUGGAAUCAUUAAUGAUACACCACAACAAGAAGUUGCCAUCAACGGACUACUCAAGGCUUUCCUUAGACUCACAAAUCAAUACGAUAUCAAUACUUGGAUUGCUCAUGGUUCAUUAUUGUCUUGGUACUGGAACGGGUUACAAUUCCCAUGGGAUCCUGAUAUCGAUGUUCAAAUGCCAAUUCAAGAUUUGCAUAAACUAUCCCAAUUGUUUAACCAGUCUGUUAUUAUUGACUUUGGAAAUGAUUUGUCCAGUGAAAUGAGAUUUGGUCGAUACUACUUGGAUUCUUCGACAUUUAUAUCUCAUAGAGCAAGAGGUCAAGGGUUGAACAAUAUCGAUGCUCGUUUUGUGGAUUUGGAUACUGGAUUAUACGUUGAUAUUACUGCUUUGGCACUUAGUGAAGAGCCAGCACCGGAGAGAUACAAUAACAUGUUGAAAGAUACUGAAUUUGAUCGUAACAAGGAUGAUAAAUCAAUCAGUCAAGCUGAUAGAAAUGCAUUUUUGCAAGUUUAUAAUUGUCGAAACAAACACUUUUCCCAGUUUCAAGAACUUAGUCCACUUCGAUUGAGUUCAAUUCAAGGUGAUUAUGGCUAUAUCCCACCAGGAUUUGAAUCUAUGCUUCUUGUUGAAUAUAAAGAAAAGGGAAUUGCUAGUACUGUGUACAAAGAUCGGGUCUAUUUACCUAAAUUACGCCUUUGGGUUUACGAUAAAAGCAUAACUGACUAUGUCACUCAAAAUGGUGCAAUUGAAGCUAGUGACAAGAUGAAAAAAGUCAAAGAAGGAGACGUUGAAAUCAAGACUUUCAAUUUAACCAAUGAAGAGUACGUCGAUUACUUGUAUCGAAAUGAAUCAAUAAUGCGUGAAUUUAUUGCAUCACAUGAAGUCACAUCAUUACACAAUUUAGAAAUACAGUCUAUAUUGGAUAAAGUAUCAACCAAGGAUCUUUUUGUUGAAUACGAGACUGAUGUAUUGGGUGAUGAGUCACUUCGUGCUAACUUACAAUUAGAUUAUUUUGUUUAUCAGCUGAGAAAAGUUGAAGGUGGUUAUGAUUUUGAUCAAGAGUUGCAGAGAUUAAGGAAUAAAGUUAGAGAAGCAGAAGUUGUUUGGAAAGAGAAACAGGAGGGUAAAACUGAGGCUAAUUCGAAUGAAGAGGAAAGAGAGAAACCCGAAUAA